GUGGGGACGGGGGUCGCCCUCUGACACGACCCUGUCACAUGAGAAGGACACCAUCACUCACCGUAAGCUGUCAAAGUAGCUCAGUAUAAGGUUAUGAGUCUGUCGUCAGGAGAGAAGAUCUGCUGAGAAUGAACAUUUGUAAUCAAGAGGGAGGUCACUGUGCAGAGAUGCCUUUAGUUUGUCUGACAGAUUUUGAGCAGUAUGCAAAGGAGCAUCUCUCAAAGGCCACCUGGGAUUAUUACGCAGCUGGAGCCGACGAAUGCUGCACCAGGGACGACAAUCUACUGGCGUACAAAAGGAUCCGUCUGAGGCCUCGCAUCCUGCGGGACGUGUCAGUGAGCGACACACGCACCACAGUGCAGGGAACAGAAAUCAGUUUUCCAGUUGGUAUUGCACCCACUGCCUUUCACUGCCUGGCCUGGCAUGAAGGAGAGGUGGCCACAGCUCGAGCCACAGAGGCAGUCAACACCUGCUACAUCGCCAGUACCUACUCCACCUGCUCAGUGGAGGAGAUUGCGGCAGCUGCACCCAACGGUUACCGCUGGUUCCAGCUCUACGUCUACCGGGACCGGAAGCUGUCUGAGCAGAUCGUGCACCGCGUCGAGGCACUCGGCUUCAAGGCCCUGGUCCUCACCGUCGACGUGCCCUACACCGGGAAGCGUCGCAACGACAUCCGCAACCAUUUCAAGCUCCCGCCUCACCUCAAGGUCAAGAACUUUGAUGGAGUGUUCCAGGAGACUGCAGUCCCAGAGGAGUAUGGGAUCCCGGCCAACACCUUGGACCCAUCCAUCAGCUGGAAGGACGUGUACUGGCUGCAGUCCAUCACCCGACUGCCUGUAAUCAUCAAAGGCAUCCUGACCAAGGAGGACGCCGAGCUGGCCGUGGAGCACGGCGUCCAGGGCAUCAUUGUGUCAAACCACGGCGGGAGACAGCUGGACGGCGGCCCAGCAACGAUUGAUGCACUGUCAGAGAUCGUGGACACGGUGCAGGGCAGGAUCGAGGUUUAUCUGGACGGAGGCAUCAGGACAGGAAGUGAUGUUUUGAAAGCACUGGCCUUGGGAGCCAAGUGUGUUUUCAUUGGCCGUCCAGCAGUGUGGGGCCUUGCAUACAAGGGUGAGGAGGGAGUGAGGGACGUUCUGCAAAUCUUGAACGAUGAGUUCCGUCUCUCCAUGGUUUUAUCAGGUUGCAGGAAUGUGUCUGAAAUCAACAGGAACCUUGUUCAGGCCUCUAAACUCUGACCAGCAGAGGGCAGCACUGGCCCUCUGAGAAAGACUUCCCCGUAAAGGCAUCUUUUAUAAAACUUUUUAUAAAACACGACAUGAAGAACAUGUUCAUGCCAGAAUGAACGAGUGAGUGUGUGAGAGGUUGAGGAAGUGAUGGUGGAAGUUCUAGCAGGUGACAUGGUGAAGGUUUUAGUGAAUGUUGGAUUGAAGGGAAUCAAAGCAGUUAUUGCAAAAAAACCAACUUCUUUUGGGUUUGAAUGUAAUGAAAGUUACAAAUAAUGACAUAUACUAUGGUUUGAGAUGCUGCCAAUGGUUGUGAUUUAAUAAACAGCUGAUGAAGA